AUGUCGGAUGCGGGAAGUGCCGGAGAUUCCAGACAAGUUCUCAUCGACCAGGUGAAAAGCCACCAGAAAGCUUCUCCUGCCUUCCAAAAAGCGUGGCAUGCAUACUGCGAUGAGCAUGGGGACGGCAUCUAUGAUCCGGCAAGGCACAAGAGCCAACUGCUGGAGGAGUUCCUGAAGACGGCGGCAUCGAAGACCGCAGGCUCCAAGGCAAAAAAGAAGAAGAAGCAGGCAUCGGGCUCAGAAUCUGCCACAAGCCGCAGCCGUAGCAGAACAAGAAGACGACGACGACACGCAAAAGGCAGGCGUCGCGCACACGGACGCAGGCACAGGCGAGAUCGGCGACGGAGAGAUCAUCGAGGGCGAAGACGUCGCAAAGGACGCAGAAAGAGGUCGCGCUCACGGUCACAAAGCUCUGGAAGUUCUGCCAUGUCCGGCCUUCCUUCGCGUGCGACAGCCAUCAAGGGAGCAGAGCGGGCUGUGGCUUCUGCCGCGGAAGAGCUGAGCCGAUUGAAAGCCAAUCCGGAUGCAGCCAUCGAUGAGCCAGCAUUGCAAGGAAAGCAGAAGGAAGAGAUGGAAGUGGCCCUCCGAGCUCUCCAAAGCGAAGCUGAUUCAGAGCUGGAGGCACAGUUACAGGAAGUGAAAGAAAGGCUGGCUCGAGAGAAAGCCUCCCGCUUGGUGGAAGCGGAGGAGAAAUUGGAGCAGGCCAUCGCUGAGCGCCUGAAAGAAGCCGAAGACAAGCUUCGACAAGAGGCCCAAGGAAGGCUCGAUGAGGCCAAAAAGCUGGCAGAGGCAAAGCUCGAAGCGAUCAUGGCAGAGGCUCGGCCAAAGAUUGAGUCCUCCUGGGCAGACCAGCUCAAGGACUUGGAAUCGAAGGCAACUGCGGCCCGUGCAGCGGCUGGUGUCAGCAAGAAGAAAUAG